AUGGCCUCCCGCAGCUUCUCCAAGGCGCUUCGUUCGCCAAUGGCCCGCCAAUUGGCGGCCAAGCCUGCUACUCAGCAGCGCACCUUCGUUGCUGCCCGCCAGCUCGUCCGCGCCUCUGCCCAGGUUAAUAAGGCUUUCGUCGCUCCUGCUCAGCAGCAGGCUCGCGGUGUCAAGACCAUGGACUUCGCCGGCCACAAGGAGGACGUCUACGAGCGUGCCGACUGGCCCCAGGAGAAGCUUCUUGAGUACUUCAAGGACGACACCCUCGCCCUCAUCGGCUACGGCUCCCAGGGUCACGGCCAGGGUCUUAACCUCCGUGACAACGGCCUCAACGUCAUCGUCGGUGUCCGCAAGAACGGCCAGUCCUGGAAGGACGCCCAGCAGGACGGCUGGGUUCCCGGCAAGAACCUCUUCGAUGUCGAUGAGGCCAUCUCCCGCGGUACCAUCGUCAUGAACCUUCUCUCCGACGCCGCCCAGUCCGAGACCUGGCCCGCCAUCAAGCCCCAGCUCGUCAAGGGCAAGACCCUCUACUUCUCCCACGGCUUCUCCCCCGUCUUCAAGGACGUCACCCACGUCGACGUCCCCAAGGACAUUGACGUCAUCCUCGUCGCCCCCAAGGGCUCUGGCCGCACCGUCCGCUCCCUCUUCCGUGAGGGCCGUGGUAUCAACUCUUCCUUCGCCGUCUUCCAGGACGUCACUGGCAAGGCCAAGGAGAAGGCCCAGGCUCUCGGUGUCGCCAUCGGCUCCGGCUACCUCUACGAGACCACCUUCGAGAAGGAGGUCUACUCCGACCUGUACGGUGAGCGUGGCUGCCUCAUGGGAGGUAUUCACGGCAUGUUCCUCGCCCAGUACGAGGUUCUCCGUGAGCGCGGCCACUCCCCCUCCGAGGCUUUCAACGAGACCGUCGAGGAGGCCACCCAGUCCCUGUACCCCCUGAUCGGUGCCAACGGCAUGGACUGGAUGUACGAGGCCUGCUCCACCACCGCCCGCCGCGGUGCCAUCGACUGGUCCCCCAAGUUCAAGGACGCCCUCAAGCCCGUCUUCAACAGCCUGUACGACGCCGUCAAGGAUGGCUCCGAGACCAAGCGCUCCCUGGAGUACAACUCCCAGAAGGACUACCGCCAGAAGUUCGAGGCUGAGAUGGAGGAGAUCCGCAACCUUGAGAUCUGGAGAGCCGGCAGAGCCGUCCGCUCUCUGCGUCCCGAGAACCAGAAGUAA